AGUUGAACAUGACGCGGUGCCGUUGGAUUCGAAUCCCUCCCCAAAGUCCGGCAGCUGGACCUCCGUCCGCCUGCCGAACCGUCUCACACAGUCAACAACAUGUUUAUCCUGCCGGCGUUUUUGGAAACCGAAGCGGCGGCCCGUCUCCCGCUGGAUUAGACCGGCUAGCUCUGUCAGCCGAACAAAGGGGCCCGGUGUCUUUACCGGGGGAGGCGGAUAGAGACUCGGCUGGACCACGUGACCCGGGCGCUUGUCAAAGCCCCUUUGAUGUAUCAAUGCCAUCAGAGGUCUGCCAGCGGCAGCAGGAAUCCAAAUCGCCGCUGCCCUGACUUCACGUGCAGCCUGACCCACCGCGACCAUGGGCAAACAAAACAGCAAGCUCCGCCCCGACGUCAUGCAGGACCUGAUGGAGAACACAGACUUCACCGAGCAUGAGAUCAUGGAGUGGUACAAGGGCUUCCUGCGGGACUGCCCCAGCGGGGCGCUCUCCAUGGAGGAGUUCAAGAAGAUCUACGCCAACUUCUUCCCUUACGGAGACGCCUCCAAGUUCGCCGAGCACGUCUUCCGCACCUUCGACGCCAACGGGGACGGAACCAUAGACUUCAGGGAGUUCAUCAUCGCCCUGAGCGUGACCUCUCGCGGCCGGCUGGACCAGAAGCUGAAGUGGGCGUUCAGCAUGUACGAUCUGGAUGGGAACGGAUACAUCAGCAAGGCGGAGAUGCUGGAGAUCGUAACGGCUAUUUACAAGAUGGUGUCCUCGGUAAUGAAGAUGCCCGAAGACGAGUCCACGCCUGAGAAACGCACGGACAAGAUAUUCAGACAGAUGGACACGAAUCGAGAUGGUAAACUGUCACUUGAGGAGUUUGUUGAGGGGGCGAAGAGCGAUCCCUCCAUCGUCCGGCUGCUUCAGUGUGACCCCAGCGGUGCCGGCCAGUAGAGAACUGGACCUUUCCCCAAUUCUAGUUGUAUUAGUCUGACACAUUUUCAACAUCUCUCCCAGCUGACCCACCUGAGAUUGUGGACAUUUGGUCCUUUGAGCUGUAGAGGCACAUGCGCGCGCGCACACACACACACACACACACACACACACACACACCUAAUCAACAUGCAUCUAUUCAUACGGCAGAUACCAAAGGCUGCUACGGAGAUGAUGUUUGAGCGCCCACGUGCACAUGCUGUACAUGUGCCUCUAGGCUCGGUCAGAAGCUGCAAACAAACAACAAUCUCAUGCGCGGUACAAAUACAACUCAAUGGGCUGAAAUCCCACCAGAGACUUGUUACACCCCCCGAAUCAAAUGUUUGAUGAGAAGACGGACGAGCCAACGGAUUCCUGAGGUUGAGCCGAAUCCAAGUUUGCUGUUCUGGGUCUUUUUAUUUGUUUUUUUGAAAGCGUAAUUUGUUAUUUAAAGGCAAUCGUGCUGAUUUUGUUCUCUUUUAACUGACUCGGGUUGUUGAGUGAUGACGAUCUGAAUCUAUCAAAGUAUUGCAAUCCAACUCCCGUGUUAACGCUGAAUGAAGUGAAGUGUGUGAGCCUGAGGCGACAAGUGUCACACCUUACAGUGUGGCUUAUGAGGACGGGCGAUCCGAGGAGUUUAGUUUUUAGAAUUUUAGAAAGGAUGAAAGCUGAUCUUAUUUUUUUUUAUGUAUAUUUUGGAGGAAUGAGGAAACUUAACCUGACUUUUUAAAGGAAGGGAAAUAUUUUGACCACAGAUAAGAACCAUCUGUUCAUUGACAGUGACUUUUAUGCCAAGUUCUGUGUCCUCACAAACGCACACACACACACCACAUAAACACACUCACACACACUCCACACAAAUCUUAACUUUACACAUGAAUACAUGAACUUGAUGUAUGCAUUUAAACAGAGUUGUGAUUCUCUCUUAACUAUGGCUUUACAAGUGCAUGAGCAAAGAAAAGUUAAAUGUUCUCUGGAAAUAUAAUAAGUUACUUGAAUGUUCUUUUACUCUGUGAUCACAUUAUGGUGAAUCUCUGGAAUUGAAGAAAUUCACUUAAAAAAACGUUGAUGUAUAAAUUAUUAAAAUCUGAUGAUGAAA